AUGGUGCGUCAGCUCCACGAUGGUAUGAUGGCGCGAAUCACAGACAAUGGAGCUGUCUCAGAGGCAUUCGCAAUGACCAACGGAGUGAAGCAGGGCUGCAACCUCGCGCCUACCCUCUUUAGUCUCAUAUUAUCAGCCAUGCUGCUGGACGCCUACCGUGACGUGCGCCCUGGGAUCCGCAUCGCCUACAGGACGGACGGCCAACUCCUCAACCUCCGACGGAUGCAUGUCCAGUCGCGUGUACCCACAACUACCGUCCAUGGACUUCUCUUCGCCGCUGACUGCGUUCUCAGAGCCACCUCAGAAGUGGACAAGCAAGAGAGCAUGGACCCCUUCGCCGCCGCCUGCGAAACUUUGGCCUGGUCAUUAACACAGAGAAAACGGUUGUUAUGCAUCAACCGACAGUCGAUGCUGCCUAUGUCGCACCUCAAAUAAACAUAAACGACGUCCAGCUGCAAGUGGUGGACAACUUCACGCAUCUGGGCAGAACUCUCUCCCGCACCACCAAAAUCGAAGAUGGAGUGGCCCACCGGAUCUCCGAAUUCAGCCGAUCCUUCAGCCAUCUGCAAAGCCCAGUCUGGAAUCGCCACGGUCUCAACCUCAACACCAAACUGA